AUGAAAGCUCCGAUCUACGUUGCCUGUUUACUGUGUACCACGCUAGCGCUGCACACUUCCGUGAUGCACCGCAAGGUGGCGCAUCGUCACAGCCGGUGGUGGUCGCGAGCGGGUGGCUCGUGGAGCGUUGUGCGACGGUUUAACGUGUCGUCUGCGUUUUCGUUGUCCAGCAUUGAUCGUGACUACACGGGCACGAUUGAGGACAUCGCGCAGGAGCUGGUGCGAUCCAUCGUUAAGACCAGCUACAGUGUCGGUGGAACGUCGCUGUACGUCAACCGGCUGCAAUUCUUCGUCAACUUCACCGACGUGAACGAGUGCGCUUCGCCCGAUACGAACGACUGCAGUGAGUUUGCGCAGUGUAUCAACACAAGAGGCUCGUUCAGAUGUGCUUGCAAGACCAACUACUUUGACAUUUCCCAGAGUGAGGGACAGGAGCCGGGCCGAGUGUGCCAGGACUGUCCGGCCGACUACUGCAACCUGCACGGUCAGUGUCUGCUGACGGGGCGAAACCGCCGCGUCUGCUCGUGCUUCCGUGGCUGGACGGGCCGACUGUGUGCCGACCGGCCACCCAUCGUCCGCCCCCCACAACCCGCCCGGUGCGUGAGCGCGCGUGACUGCGGCCCGGACGAGCAGUGCAGGAGGAGUGCCACCGGCAUCAGGGUCUGCGCGUGCAGGCACGGAUACUACAGGCGCGAUGCGAAGGACACCUGCAGAGCUUCAAUGAUCUACGUGUUGCUACUGAGAAUCGUCCGUAGAGACGUGGAACCCAUCAACUAUACACCAGUUCUGAACGACGUCACAUCGUUCGAGUACGUCGACCUCACUACUACAGCCCACAUUGGAGUUGAAAAUGCACUAGACAUCACGCCUAUACGCGAGUAUUACGUUGGUUCUGAGAUCAACACCAUCGUAGACCCGACUGCAAUCAGCGCUGGCGACCAGGGAAUCGUCUAUAACAUCACUGUUGCCGCAGACAGAGCGUAUGCUGGAAGUGGAAUCGAUAUUGCGCGGGAGUUGGUCAAUUCCAUCAUAUCUACGAACUACAGCCUCGGUGGAACCGAUCUGUUUGUCAACCCUGUAUUCGUUGUCAACUACACAGAUUACAACGAGUGCGCCCGCAGCGAGCUGAACGACUGCAGCGCCAACGCCGUCUGCGUCAACUCACAUGGUGGCUACAGCUGCGUGUGUCGCCCAGGCUUCUUCGACGCCUCCCCUGAACUGACCACGGCCCCCGGCAGGGUGUGCUACGAUUGUCUCGCUAGUCAGUGCAGUAACAACGGCGACUGUCAAGUGAACACUAACGGACGUCGAUUCUGCAGUUGUUUCGCCGGUUGGACUGGUCCGCGCUGCGAUAUCAGAGAGGCGCCACCGACGACGAUUACUGCCUGCAGAAACGCGAGAGACUGCAAUGUCGCCAACAACGAAAUAUGUGGCUUUGUAGGUGGCGCCACCAUCUGCCUCUGCCGGGCUGGAUACUUCCGAAAGGAGCCGGGCACGGCUUGUCAACUGUCGAAGAUGUACGUGAUACUGCUGAGGAUCGUACGUAGAGACUUAACACCGCUCAACUACAGGCCCAUCUACAGCGACCACAGCUCAUACGACUUCAUCGAGCUGUCCAGGAGAGCAGAGACCGGGCUGAACAGCGCGUUUGAAGCCAGCAGCGUACAGCCUGACUAUAUCGGCUCUAGUGUAACCAGCCUUAUCGACCCCGCCACCAUCAACGUGGCGCCCACUGGUGUCGUGUUGAACAUCACUGUGGGCGUCGACGGCGCGUACGAAGACGGCGCCGUGAACGUUGCUCAGGCCCUCGUCAGGUCGAUCAUAUCCACAAACUACAGCGUAGGCGGCACAGAUCUGUUCGUCAACCCACUCUUCAAGAUCCAAUACUUUGAUGUAAACGAAUGCGCGGACCCACUGCUUAACGACUGCGAUCGCCAUGCGGACUGCAUCAACCUGGAGGGAUCUUACACCUGCGUGUGCCAGGCCAACAGAGGCUUCUUCGAUGUGUCUCAGAGACAGGAGCGGCCGCUGCCGGUUGGUCGCGUCUGCAAAGAGUGUCCCGCCGAUCUGUGUAGCGACCACGGAACCUGCCGCAUCAGCGCUCAAGGAGAGCCCUACUGCAGCUGUGACCAGGGCUGGCAGGGUUCUAUGUGCAAUCUCAGGAUCGUCCCCCGGCCACCGCCCUGUGGUAACGGUGGCAGCUGCGACGCCGACAACAACGAGGUGUGUGGUGAGGUCCGAGGAUUCCCGACGUGCGUCUGCGCACCUUCCUACUUCCGGCAAAACAAUCGCGGACGCUGUAGACCAUCGAUGGUAUACGUCAUCAUGCUGAAGGUGGUGAGGAAAGACGUCGUACCAAUCACUUACCGACCGGUGCUGGCCAAUGUGUCCACCUACGACUUCUACUACCUCGCCACCACCGGUCAGGUCGGGAUUGACCAAGCAUUCAAAAGCACCAACGUCGGUCCGUACUAUGUCGGCUCGAGCGUGAACAAGCUUGUCGACCCUGUGACGGUGAACGCCGGUAGCGGCGGCGUCGUCCUCAACGCAACGGUCGGCGUUGAUCCCAGCUACCCGGGAGAUCUGCAGACGUUCACGAACGAGUUCGUCAAGUCGCUGGUGUUUACGAACUACAGCGUCGGCAGCACGGAUCUAUACGUCGAUCCUCUGACGUUCGGAAUCAAUCUGACAGAUUUCAACGAAUGCGCUCGGCCAUCUUUGAAUGUCUGCCACCGCGAUGCCAUCUGCGUUAACACUAUCGGAGCGUACGGCUGUGUCUGCAGACCAGGAUUCUACGACCUGGCCAGCAGGGGAAACCAGCCUCGCGGUCGUACCUGCGUCGCUUGCCCGACGAACUACUGCAACGGUCGCGGUGACUGCAUCAUAGACGACUUCGGUAGACAGGCGUGCAGCUGUGCACCGGGAUGGACGGGAGAGCGCUGCGCCCGCCAGGUGGUGAUUCCACCGGCAGGUGUCGUGUGCGUCGACAACACACAGUGUUCGGGUCGUAACCGCGAGGUGUGCGGUGUUGUGAGGAACCAGCGCGUCUGCGUCUGUGGUCCGGGUUACAGCAGGAGGGGACCCCGCGGACAGUGUCUGCCGUCUCUCAUCUACACCAUACUUCUGAGGGUCGUCCGACGUGACGUCAUACCGCUAGAGUUCCGGCAGGAGUACAGGAACCCGUUGUCCUACGACUACUACAAUCUCACGACUACCGCCCAGACCGGGGUGAAUCGUGCUCUCGACUCGACCAGCAUUAGCGAUUCGUUUAUCGGUUCGCGCGUCCUGGACAUCAGUCCACCGAGCACCGUCGGUGCUUCUGGCGGCGUCGUGUUUCCGGCCGACGUCACGUUCCACGCAAACUUCCCGGGUUCUGUCAUCGACGUCACGCAGCAUCUGUGGCAGGCGAUAGUCAGCGCAAACUACAGCCUCGGUGGCACGGACCUGUACGUCGACAGACUCAACUUCACGCUCAACUAUCGGGACGUGGACGAGUGUUCCGACCCGCUGCUCAAUGACUGUCACGAGGAUGCGGUGUGUCGCAACCUGCCAGGCACCUUCCGCUGCACGUGCAAGCCCGGGUACAUCGACCUGACCCCUGCUGUCGCCGGCCGCAGAUGCGUCUACUGUCCAAAAGAUUUCUGCAGUGGUCAUGGCGAAUGCAAGGUCAAUUCUAAUGGCGCCCGAGCAUGCAGCUGUGAGGCCGGCUGGAUGGGAGAGCGCUGUGAUGUAUCGUUCACUACGCCGCCGCCACGCGUCGGCCCCGUCUUCUGCCGCACGGACCGCGACUGCGAUGCCGACAACAACGAACUGUGCCGUAACGUCGGCGGCCGCGGCGUCUGCAUCUGCCGCUCCGGCUUCAUGCGGCGUUCUAACGACGCCCAGUGCAAACCGGCCCAGCUGUACGUGCUGCUACUGAUGGUGGUGAGGCGGGAUCAGACGCCGAUAACCUACCUGCCCGUGCACUCCAACCCUCUCUCCCCGCAGUCCAUCGAGCUAGCAAACCUGGCUACCGCAGGGGUGAACAGCGCGUACGACACCAGCAACCUUGCUUCUGUCUAUAUCGGAGCCGAAACCCUGAACAUCGCCAGCCCUGAGAUCAUAGACGCAGACCCGCGAGACGGCAUCGUAUUCAGGGUACUGUUUGGUGUCGACAGAAACUACAAGGUCGAUCCAUCGCAGCUUGUGAGCACCCUGAGGCAGUCUAUCGUCAACACAAACUACAGCGUCGGAGGCACAGAGCUCUAUGUCAACCGACUUGACUUCACUUUGCCAUAUACCGAUUUCGACGACUGUCAUCACUAG